UCACCAUCCUCUCUGAAAACCCAACUCAAAUUGCACCUCUUCUUUCCCGGGUAGGAAUGAGACCUAUGUGUGUGGAGCUGGGAUGACCCCAAUAUUCUGAACCGUGUUGCUUUUUUGGUGGUGGCCCGGGACCUUGUUGGACCGACGAGUGUAUGCGCCCAUUCACGCAAACCUUCACUCACUCACGCACGCACACAAACACACACACACACAAACAAACAAAACACCACACAUCAUAUUCGGCGUCUGCAAACCAACGAACAGCGCAGACAGGUUUUGCUCCGCAAAAGGCUCUCUUGCAGACUACACUCGAGGAGAGUUACGGAGUGGAGUCUAUGUUUUGGAUCACCUACGAUUUUUGGUGUAUGAAAAAAAAUAACAUUCUAAAAAGAGGAGCAGUGCAAUCAAUCGUGGAUCUCGGAUAUGGCAGGUGUGAAGACAUUCGACCUUGUUGUUGGAGUUGUUUUAGUUUUUCUGUCUUUUGGAAAUGCGUUUCAAGUGCCCGGAGGGGACCUGACGAACGGGGUCUCCUACUCCUACGUGCAAGGGCAGCCUCUGGCUAAGGAGGACGUGGCGGUGGACGUGAAGCUGUACAGUCACCGGUGGAGGAGGUGGCUGUCCCCAGAACAGCCACGUAACAUGGACAGCAACAGGGCCAGCCAGGACCAGGAUCAGCAGGACCAAGAGCAGGGUCAGGACCAGGGUCAAGACCAACCUGAUGGGGGCUUCCCAGACCUGCUCUCAGCAGAGGACAGCCAGGACACUGACAACAGCUCCCAGAUAGAGGAGGACACAGAUCACAACUACUACACAUCAAAGACCUACGGCCCCACGGACCCCAUGAGCAAGGACUUGUGGGUAAACGUUGACCAGAUGGACAAGGAGAAGGUGAAGAUCCAUGGCAUCCUGUCCAACACUCACAGGCAAGCUGCGAGAGUAAAUCUGUCCUUCGACUUCCCCUUCUAUGGACAUUUCCUGCGUGAUCUCACCGUGGCAACUGGUGGGUUCAUCUACACAGGGGACGUGGUCCACAGGAUGCUGACGGCCACCCAGUACAUCGCCCCCCUCAUGGCCAACUUUGACCCUAGUGUCUCCAGGAACUCAACCGUCAUCUACUUCGACAAUGGCACUGCUCUGGUGGUCCAGUGGGAUCAUGUCCACCUGCAGGACAACUACAACCUGGGCAGCUUCACCUUCCAGGCCACACUGCACAGAGACGGCAGGAUCGUAUUUGCCUACAAAGAGAUCCCCAUCGAGGUGGCCCACAUCAGCUCCGUCAAUCACCCGGUGAAGGUGGGCCUCUCCGAUGCCUUUGUGGUGGUCCACAGGAUCCAGCAGAUUCCCAAUGUUCGUCGGAGAACGAUCUAUGAGUACCAUCGUGUGGAGCUGACAAAGACCAAAAUCACCAACUCCACAGCAGUGGAGAUGACACCUCUACCAACGUGUCUCCAGUUCACCAGCUGUAGCAGCUGCAUCUCCUCCCAGAUCAACUUCAACUGCAGCUGGUGCCACCUCCUUCGCAGGUGUUCCAGUGGGUUCGACCGCCAUCGGCAGGACUGGGUGGAUAACAGCUGUCCUGAUGAGACCAAGGACAAAAGCUGUGAUAUCAUCAACACCACACAACUCUAUCCAUUCACCACCACGUUAGUUGCCAAGACAACAGGCCAGAGCAGAAGCAGAGGAGAGACCACCACAGCCGGAGCCUCCUCGUCCACAUCCCAACCCCCAACCAGCGUCCCCACUGAAGAUGACACCAAGAUUGCUCUGCAUCUUAAAGACAAUGGAGCGAUGCCAAAGGAGAGUGCUGCAGAGAGGAAGGGCACACACCCACUGCACACUGGCCUGAUCCUGGGCAUCCUCAUGGUCAUGCUCAUCAUGGCAGCCGCAGUCCUGGUCACCGUUUACAUCUACCACCACCCCACAUCAGCCGCAAGCCUUUUCUUCAUCCAGAGGCGUCCCAGGAGGUGGCCGGCCAUGAAGUUCCGCCGAGGGUCCGGUCACCCGGCCUACGCGGAGGUGGAGCCCGUGGGCCAGGAGAAGGAGGGCUUCAUCGAGUCUGAGCAGUGCUAAGGGGCAUCCACCGCUCCCCCCCAUUGCGACUGAUUGACGCUGGUCUCUUGUUUUGUUGAUUCAAACACUCACUGUCAAUAUUGUGAAAUGAGAUGAGAAAAUCGUGGUGGUGUAACUUUUAAAUCCCAUGCUUUUUUCUGGUGGUCUGAGUGUGGGCCUUGUGUUUGGUGGACUACCAUGGUGAACCUUCAAACCUGGCUUGUCCAACAGAGAGCUGAUCUGAGAGCUGCUGAGGGAGGGUCACUGCCAGAGGGACUGUGCUGUGGGAAAACCUUAAACUGAUCUCAAGUCAGCUCUUCAUCCAAAGCCUCAAAGUCUGUGAACACUUCACACUCACGGUGGUGAAAGUGACUGACUUUUUGGGGACAGAGGGAAAGUGACGGUGUAAUUGAGUGUGACUGCCCUACACUGGUGGUGUGUGAUGUGAGGGGGGAGUAGUAGGAAGAAUUAUACAGUAUAUUUUUCAGAAUCAAUACAGAGUAUGUGAACAGAGAUCUUGACUUUAAAUGUUGGUGAGAUUAUAUAGGCCUUUAUAUAUCCUUUGGGGUUUUGCUAAUUUACUUUUCAUCUGUUACUUUUUUAAACUGGGGUUUUAUUGUUCUUAAUCAGUGAGGGGAUUUUGUCUUGCUUUCCACUACCAUAAUAAGGCUUCUUUACCAUAGCUUUUACUCCAUAGUGUGGUUCAAUAGUGUGAUAUGCUCCUGCUACGGCCACUCAUCCCACCCAAGAGUAGCAGGAUUUUUUGGGGGGGGGGUUUACAGUGAUUUCAGUACUGCCAUUAUUUCCCUGACUGGAGUUUGCUCAACAUUUUUUUGCACAACGUUUUUCAUGCACAUACAUCUUUAUUUCAUUUCACUUGUGGUACAAAUGCAAAAUUGUGAGACAGGCGCGCGUGUGUGUGGUUGUGUGUAUGCAUGGUCUAUAUGUGAGUGAGCGUGUGUCUCUCUCUGUGUGUGUGUGUGUGUGUAUGUAUGUAUGCUUGUUCGCGCAUGUUUGUGUGGUUUUUGUGUGAUUGGAUCUCAAAGUGCUUGUAGGUUGGUCAGUUUGAGCUGGUUCUGUGUAAUUGAUGCUUACUGGUUGACCUGAGGUACUUUUACAUGAUUUUAUGAUAAGUUUGGGACAUACCUGACAAUGUGGUUUCCAAUAGCAGUUUCACCCAGGGGCGUCAAUUGGGUAUGGCAGAGUAUGGCAGUCCCCAUACCCUAGCUCAAUACUAACAAUUUAAAAUAAUUCCAAUGCAAAUGCAGCAAAUGCAGUUUAGCAGUAUUAGCGGGGUGGCUUUAGGACCGUGUGGACGGGCAGGCUGUUUAGCAGUGGUAGAGAGCAUGUUUUGGAACCAUGCGGACGCCUCGGAGCGGGAUGGUGAACAGCGCAACUUUUAUUUUAAAACAGUGUAGAGGUAGAAGAUUGCUGUAGAUGGCUAGGAUGCUAGGUAACUGCCGUUUGACUUGAAAUGAAACUAAACUAGAGUUUUUCAUCCCGGUUCUGAGAUAGGGUGUAGCAGGUAAUUGCUGUAUGCCAUGUGUUUGAGGUGAAUGAAGCUACAGCAGCUACCCUAGGUUUGGCUGAAAUUAUGCCCCUGGUUUGACCUGCUGCUGUUUCAACCUGAAGAAGAAUCUGAUCUUGUACAGGACUGGAGGAUAUGUGUUACUAUUCUAUGGAGUGAGAAAUCUGCCAAAAUAUUAAACGAAUGUAACAUUAGAAUCGUAAAUAAGUUUGGGUCGAUAUUUGGCAGAUAUCUAACUCCAUACUGUUCCAGCUCUUGUUCUAUAUUAAUGGAUGGCUAGUCCAUGUCAUUUAACCCUAGCAUAGCAUAGUGCCUUCAGAAAGUAUUCACACCCCUUGACAUUUUCCACAUUUUGUUGUGUUACAGCCUGAAUUUAAAA